GUUUGUUGUGUAACAAUCGAGAAAUUCUAUCUGGUCGCUCUGCCGAUGUUUUCUUUUCUCGUUGUCAAAAUUAAAAACAGUGUUCGUCUUGGUGUUCGUUCCCUUUUGGUUUCGUAGUUGAUACGAUAUCAUUACAAAAUUGCAUAGAUUUUAUGGAAGAUGGCCAGCUGGGCUAAUCGUCCUCCAGUUGGGAACGGAUCCAAUGCAGCUUCCAACAGAAAAAAAUGGAACAUCGCUGAUAAAAAUUCUCUGCGUAACUUGAUGUACCAUUUUGCAGAAGAUGGUUGUCCAGAAACCCAAUACACACUGGCCAAACAGAUUUUGGAGAAGACUGAAGAAGUGGAUCCCCCGCAUAAUCAUGCUCAGGGAGUACACUGGUUGCUACGAGCGGCCCAACAAGGUCACGAGCAAGCAAUCGAGAUGCUUAACGAAUGCUAUCAGACGGGACGAGGUAUAAACGGGUCGAACGAAGAGGACGUUCGAACCUGUUUGGCAAUGAGUGCCGGUGAAAGGUCUGCUAGACGGGCUGCACAAGAAUUAUUCGCUUCACUGUCCAACGGUGAAGAAUAUGUCACGGCUGCUCAGUUGGAAAAACGUAUGAGAGAGAUUUACAGGCUGGACAAAAAAAGACGAAGAUCCCGGCCAGAUGGUGCUGAAGCGGGUGAAAUCGGCCUGGAAGCGAGUCCUGAUAGAAAUGGAUCUCCCAGUGUCAGUAGACUGAAUCGUAGAUCUGGACAAUUCCAACAGAUGAAUCACAUUUCGGAAGCCAACCUGAUGUCGGCUGCGGUUAACUAUUCGAAUGGAAGAUUGCCUUUUAUGAGCAAUUGCAUGACGCUGUCUAUUCCCAAUCCUCAGAGUUUAGAUCACAUACCUUGCUUUCAUAGGCCUUUUUUUCAUCCCAUAAUGUUCUUUUCGCUCCUAUACCACCGACUUCUAGCAAUGAUGGCUUCCUUUCCCGGAUCUGGGAUUUCCGGCAUUCAAAUGAUUCUAAUGUUGAUUGCCUACUCAUUCUUUGCCAUGGAAAAUCUCCUUACUUUAGUUCCAGUAGGAGCAUACUACGUCAGUCUGAUCGUGAUGGUUCUGUGCAGUUUUAAAAUGUUGAAAUGUAAACACGAAUUUAUUGAUUUCCGAAUGUGGUCGGGAUUGUUUCUUCGAUACGGCGAUGAACAUCUCAACACGGAUGAUUCAGAGAACCAGUACCUUCGUAACAACCUUCGGCCGUAUUUGUAUUUUUUCGUGGCAUUCUUUAUUAACGUCAUGCUUCAUCCAAACAUCAACGACCAGUGGUUGCCAUUUUCAGAAAUUACGGUUGUUGCCUUCGUACUCACGUUUAUCACGAUGGUGGCGUUCAUGUACACGUCCUCGGAUCCUUUCCCCGAUUAUAUGAUUCUUUUCUCCUUUGGGCUAAACGUGUUAGCCAAAUAUCCGUACGAGAUGGAUUCAGUUGUCACAACCGGAUGGCGUUUUCUGGAUCUGAAAGUGCCGGCUUUUUCAACGUUUGUCAUUGGAAAUGGAAUUGAGUUUUGUCUGAAUUGCCGCGCCCUACUGUACCUGAUUAUACCGGCAUUCCUAACGUUAAUUGCCCGGCGGCGCCGUUGGCGAGGAGUGUAUCAGUACUUGAUCCCUCACUGCGUAACACUGGCUUGGUUGCAAAUUUGCAUCAUUAGUUCACAAUCGGCCACUAUGUUCGGAUUGGCUCGUGGUGCGCUAGGUCUAUCAGGCCUUCUACUGUUCCUGCCGCUGUUUGGUAUUGUGACAUUGCUGAUUCCAGUGUUCGCUACAAUCGAAUUGCUAUCGUUAACAGAUUCUACCGUUCGGCUGUGGUCCUCUAUCAGUGCCGCGAUAAUCGCCAUCCUGAUUUCCUUCUAUAUGGCUGCAUCUCGUCGAACCGAGAAAUAUAUCACAUUUCUCCAGAUCGCUAUUUGUCUUAUUGCGACGGUAUGUCUGACAUUGCCCCAUAUGAUGUCAAACUUCGAAACCCUGCAUACGUCAGAAACCGCUGAACUGUAUCAAUCGAGUACUGUAAGACCGCAAUCGAAGGACCAAUCAAUGCCACCGAACAGCCUCAGCUGGGAAUCUUAUUACAGAUUUUGUCAUCAACCGGCGUGGGAUCGUCUAGGCAAUAAAAUUCAUACUCAGCUGAGAUGCGCCCAUCUGGAUGGAACUGUGGUUCGUUGGGAGGGAAGCGUGUUCGACUUGGAAAUCAUCAGUCGACGUAAUUUGCGAGCGGAUUUGAUACACAGUUAUCUUCCUAAGAUGCUGGCUGAUCGCAUUGCUUGCUUCUAUGGAGAGAGAGUGGAACCAACCUGCGGACCCACCGAGGAAAAACAACACUGUGAAGAGAUGAAGAAUUUCAUGCAACAACAAGUGCGUUGUCAUCUGGAUAAAUGGAAUACGUACGAGUACGAAAUAAAAGUUCGCAUGCCUACGGUGGGACUACUGGCGAAGCCCAUUGAAGUGACGCUACGAGCGCAGCACGCGUUUGGCAACUUCACCCAGAAUUUGAACAACAGUGAUCGCAUCUGGUUUAUCGGUAUCUUGCGCAACUUUUUGCACUCGGGUGCUAGUGCGACAACGUCGGCACCUAUGGAUUCCCCAGCUGACAGUGAGUUUGAUAAUCUGCAGUUCGAUUUAGGGGGAACCGCCGGUGGACGAUCCGAUCGUAGUAAUAUGCGACUGGGACGAAAAAAUCCCUUAGUGGAGCUUCACUCAUUGGGUUGUAUUCGCUGUCAGAAUUCAGAGCUGACCUCAAUUCAUAUCACUGACAGAUUGAAAGUAAACGCUCGGAUGCGUGAUUUGUUGCGGGGAAUAAAAUAUCUGCUGAAUGUGAUUUUCAAUCCGCUGGUGAUCUUCAAAUAGAAAAUGUCAACCCGUUCAGUUUGAGUAUUCGGUUAUGCCUCAACAACCGCAAUUAAUGAAUUAUUUUAAUUAUUGAUCAUUUUUAUGUUUGCUAGUAUUUAAUUAUUGUACAUGAUGCAUUUAGUAAGAGAGAUAAAUGAAUAAGUCGUUGUGAAAUUGUUACUAACAUAACGGAGCAUACGUCUCGUUUGGCGAAUAACGGAUAGGGACUUGCCUUAGAAUUAUAUCUGCUGUUAACUGUAAAUAUAAAUCAUUCUAGGAUAAUGGACUUUUAUUUGGAUAAGGAAAAGAUUCCUUUGGACUUGUAACUGAGAAUUCAUGUGUUGGUGUAAACACAAUUUAAAUCACUCAACAAUCCUCAAAAAAUUCUGUUGGAUUUUGAAACAGUCUUUCGGAGUUAUUGCAUUAUUACGGUGAGAGCAACAUUCAUCUGCAAGCUAUGGAUACAUCGUAUUGCUAGCUGCCUCGAAAAGAGAAUUUUGGAAAUUCCUCAUAAACAAAUUCGCAGUGUUAAAAUCAAGCUGAUUAAUGAAAUAAAAUGUUGAGUUAAAAUAUAUUAUUUAUUUCUAAAAAAAGGGGGAUCGAAUAAUUUCCGCUAAACGCUGCGAAGUAACUUUUUCUGCACACACUUAUGUUGUGGUUGCUGCUGUUAAUUGCGUUUUUGGCGUUGUUUUUGUGUGUGUAGAUUCGAGAAUACUGACGAUUAAGGAUGUCAAUCCUCU